GUUCUAGCUCUCGUUCUCCUGUUAUCAAUCAUUUUUCUUCUCUACUACAAAUCAAACAUCAGUGGAUUACUCUACUUCGAAACUGAUCGUCUCGUCUUUGUGGACUACCCCAUCAAACCCAAUUCUCUUACCUCCAAUACAGAAUGUCUGCACCAAACGCAGGUCGUCAAUCCCCAGACCCUGAACGCCAGACCGGUGCUCAGCAACAAGAGCACCCAUCGCAGCCAGGCAGUGGAAAGAUUGACGAGUCCAAAGCAAAGAAUGAGGGAAAGGAUGACCAGACCUCUGGCCUAGCGGACAACCCAAAGCACAUCCUCCAAGAGCAUUCCGAAGCAACAACCUCUAAGACUAGCUAGGAAUGGAGUUGUUUGAAUGUUUCACACGACCUUGUACAAGAUCAUUAUCGGUUCAGGAGGUAGUCUUGAUGGGCAUGGCUUGAAGAGCACAUAGAAUUAUCCAAACAAAAGAGUUGAGGCCCUUCUCCAGAUUGAUACACGUGGCUGCUGCUCUUCCUGCGAAGUUGGUCAGACAGACAUUGAGUCCUGAAAUGGCUACGAGUCUCCGACAUCAUUUUGUGUUCAUACUGAAACCUCAACCUCGUCGUUAACUCUUGCAGUUCGUUGGGCGCGCCACGUUCAUCUCGUUCAUCUCCAGAUACAAGCAAUCGUCAUUCUACGAAUCUAUUUUGAGCCAGCCAUCGACAAUAUUUCUGCAGUGAGAUUAAGGAAUAGAUAGAAUAACCUUUGUGUUUUCA